AUGUUGAUACCUAAGGAUCAACCAGUGCCACCUGCUCAACAGGGAAACAGCAAACAGAUGGACAAAAUCCAGGCCACGAAACAGCACAUUGAUGAAGCGACGGCGGAGUUUUCAAAAACCAUCGAGGCGAUCCAUGAACGAGGAGAGAGACUGGAGGACUUGAGGGGACAAGAGCGAUCACUUGAGUAUCCAAAGUCAGAAUUUCAAGGUCAAGGCAAGUCAAGUCAGGAGAAAGAUGUGGUGGAAUAA